AUGCAUUGGAAGGACCCUUUCAGUUCAGAUAAAAACAGAGGGAACCCACCGACGGGGUGCCUGCCGGCCAUCCUCACCCUCCGGCGGAGCCCCGCCGCGGCCGACUACGACCGCGUCGGCUGCCUCCGCGGCGUCAACGACGUGGCCAGGCACCACAACGCGCUGCUCCGCGCGGCCGUGGGUGGCCUCAGGCUCAAGCACCCCCACGCCAGGAUCGUCUUCGCCGACUUCUACAGACCUGUCUACAGCAUCCUCGAGAACCCCAGUCACUUCGGAUUCGUCGGCGGCGUCCUGAAGGCGUGCUGCGGCGCCGGCGCCGGCACCUACUGCUGGAACGGCAGCGCCAUCUGCGGCAUGCCCGGGGUGGUGGCGUGCCGGGACCCGACGGCGUACGUGAGCUGGGACGGGGUGCACUUCACGGAGGCCGUGAGCCGCUACGUCGCUAAGGGGUGGCUCCACGGGCCCUACGCGGAUCCGCCGAUACUGAGUGCUGUUCCGCACUAG